CAAGAAAUUAUUAAUGAGUUGAAAUCCCUUCAAUUUUUAACAAUGUAUUUAUAAAUAAUAUAUAUGUAAACUCUUAGACAUUAUGAAGCUAUGGCUGAAGAAGUUAGAAAAAUAAUGAUAUCAGGGAAACCUAUUCCACCUGACUAUUAGGAAGUUAUUGAAGAAUUUCUACCAACAGAAGAUAAAUAUCCAUCUAGAAGAAUCAUUACUGUAUAUGAAUAUCCAGACAGCAAUCCAGCAUUAUUCUUAGAAAAUAAAAGAGGAUUCAGAUUAUAAUUUAUGUUUCUAUUCCUUUCAAAUGAAUUAGCUGCAUAGUAAUAUUAUAAUUUAUUAUGUUCUAUAGAUUUUAUGAAGAUGUAAUGAAUAAUGGACCACUUAAAUGGUAGAUUGCAAGAUUCUAUUUAGAAGUGGCAGAAAAUAUGGUGUUUAUAAAAACAAGAGGAUAAAGAGCUUAAAAUAUGUUAUAAAAGAUUUAACAUGGAAUAAAGACUUAACCUUUAUGUGUAUUUCAUUAUAAUUUGAAAAUGAGAGUAUCUACAUUAAUAUUUUUAAGACUCUUUUACAUAUAUUAGAAUAAGGUAAUUGGUGUAUUCGUGUUGUUUGGGGUCCUCCUGUAGAUGUACCUUUACAUGGAGGAGAUGCAGAAAAAGUUGAAAAUGUUAUUGCAAAAACAGAACCAAAAUUAGAAAUACAAAAAAAAGAAGAAAUGGAAUAAGAAGUUACUAAAAAGAUUUAAAUCAAUGAAGAAGAUACUAAAACCAAAAAUACUCUUUAUAUUAAACCUAUUGAAUAUUAUAGUAGAUUAGCAGAAUAGACUGUCUAAAAAUUAAGAGAUCAAAAUCAAAAAAAAUAAUAAUGA